UGACGUAGUGACGUCCGACUUUGGUUGACGGCAUAGAUAAUUUACUUGUAUAUGAUAUUAAUAAUAUGAUCUAAGGCCUAAGCACAGUAUAAAGCAGUACUUAUUAUUGAGUAUGAACUAAAAAUACGGUCGUCCACUCAUCCGUAACCGGCUAAUAUUAGUUGCAAAUAAAUAAUAUUCAAGUUUGAUAAUAUAUUAUCAGUUUUACUUUCUACGUUAACUUCACGGACUAAGAUAUAAAUGUAUAAUGAUAUGAUUAUAUUGUUCUAUGAUAUAAUAUGAUAUAAUGGACUGGAAACGAAAUGGUCGGAGGGGGUCGAGGGACGGCCACGAAAAGGUGUCACUUAGCUGAUAAGAAUACUGUUCUUGAAGUUUCCAACGCUACCGGUGGGUUUUAUUUGGCUACACAAUUUGUAUCUCGGUCCGUGUAAAUGCAGAGGGCGCUGUGAACUCCAGGAACACAGGCGACCCCUCGCACUUUGCCUCUUUUACAUACAUUCGUGGCCGUGAUAAGCUGCUCGUUUCCAGUCUAUUAUAUCUUAAACCGUGGUAUAAACAAUGUUUAUCUAUCUCGAAUCUUGAUGCAGAAUAUUCCGUGUCUUAUAAGCACGGUUAUCUACUUGAAGAUAACCGUGGUUAUAAGCUCGAUAAUUGUUAUCUACUUGAAUUUGAAUACUUGAUAGUUGAUUUCUAUUUGUAAAUUGUAGGUAUCUCACUCUAUUUGUCAAUAUAUUAUACCCAUUGGCUAUUAUAUUAUUUAAAAGUUGUACAACACAUAGGCACUAUAUAAAAUAUAGUCAAUAACUCAAUUACCACCGUAAAAAUCCAUUGAUAGUUGAUUAUUGUAUAUACCUACCUAUUAUAAUUAUAUACCUAUAAAAUAGUUAUUCGUUUUCUAAAAUGGCCAGUUUCAAUAAUCCCGAAGAGAUCAUUUACCAUUAUAAGAUCAUACUAAAUAAAACAAAAAAAAAAUUAUUUAGAAAGUUAAAUACACUGGAGCCUAGUGACCAAUUUGCUAAACUAGCAAAUUUUUGCCAAAAGAAUGAUAAACAUGAUUAUGCUGCAUUGUGUUGGCAAGCUGUGGCUAAAUGUGAAGAGUCGAUGGGUCAUAACUGUGAACAAGCUCUUGCUCAUCAGAAGGCAGCCCGCCAGUUUUUUUCAGAAUUUAAGAAGACUGAAUCAUCUGGUUUAAUAUCUCCUUAUAAUGAAAAUUUACAAGCUGGGCUAAGUGAAAUGCGACAUGCCGAGGAUAGUUGGCAAGGGAACUCGUUUGAAAAUAUUUUGAAAACUUCGAUUCGUCUUGAAACAGCUGAAACUCUUGUAUGUUUAGGUAAAUUAGAUGAUGCGGCUUUUAUUGGGAGUAGUAUGAUUGAUGUGCCACAUGAAAGUCAUACACUUAAAUUGGCUAUUCUUGAACAAAUAACUUCCAUUCAAAUUCUUUCUGAAGAUUAUGAAGGGGCACUGUUAACAUUCACAGAAAUUGCAAAUACUAUUUCUUGCAUAGACAAUGAAACCAUUGGCAUUUAUAAUGAUAUUUUAUUCAGAUGCGAAAUAUCACGAGUAUUCUUACUGCUUAUACUGAAACCCACUCGCCAAAAAAUGCCAAGUGAUUUAGCUUCAGUAUUGGAGAAAUACAUGUGGAUUAAUGGAAAUUUUGAUUCUCCAGUUCCUUAUAUAUCAGAUAUAAUGUUCCGUCUUCUUCGAUCUUUGGUUAAAGCAUAUCAACUUGGUGAAACUACCUGUUUAGGUACAAUUGAAUCUGAUUUUACUCCUCAUUUAACAUCAGAACAAAGACAUUUAUUAGCGGUAUUAAUCAAUACACUGACAUAGUACUAUUUUGUACUACCUAAUUAUAUUUUAUACAUUUUAUUAUGUUUUAUUGAUUUUUAAAAACUAUCAAUAUUAAUUUGUUAUAUUAUAAAUUAUAUCUUAGUCUAACUGUUUUAUACUAGAUUUUAUAUGCUAAAAUUGUUAUUUUGUUGUAAACAUUUUAUAGAUUAUUAAAAAUAGGAAUUUAUUCCAAAUAUACUAUUUGAAAAUUAA